AUGAUCAAGUUGAGGUCAAAGAGGUUCUCAAGAAGCAGCUCCAAGAUUGCCAAUGGCAGCAAAGCAUCAUCCCCACCUGGAAAGGAUUGUACAAGUAUUGGUGAAAUCAAAUGGGAACUUAGGCCUGGUGGCAUGCUUGUUCAGAAAAGGGAGAGUAACCAAAGUGCUGGGGAGGGUAUUAUCACUAUUAGAGUGUCCACUGUGUCACACUGGCAUGACAUUUCUAUUGAUGCCACUUCAACUUUUGGAGAAUUAAAAAUGAUUCUAUCACUGGUAACAAGUUUGGAGCCUAGAGAGCAAAGGCUUCUCUUCAGAGGUAAAGAGAGAGAUGACAAUGAGUUCUUGCACAUGGUUGGGGUUAGUGACAAGGACAAAGUUCUUUUGCUAGAGGAUCCAGCUAUCAAAGAGAAGAAGUUACUUGGCAUGACAAGAGGGCAAAGUAUUAGCAACCCUUGUUGUACCAUCAUUGUAUGA